CCAGUGGCGGCCGCGUUUAUAUGGGAGAGGAGCAGAGAGCCGCCGAGUUCCCGCAGUUCGCCCGCUGCUGUGCAGCCGCCGUCGCCGCCUCGGCCCGGCACCCGCCGUCCCGCCGGGAAGGAGUCGGGACCGUUUCGGAUCUCAAGCAGACGGCCCUCUCCUAUUUAGUCGUGGCUUUUCCAAACCCUCCGAGGAGAGCGGGAUCUUUCGGUCCUUCCUGUAUAUCCGACCAUUACAGGAUCUAGAAAUGUCGACGACACUUUUAUCUGCCUUCUACGACAUUGACUUCUUGUGCAAGACGGAGAAGUCCCUGAACAACCUCAGCAGCAUGCUAGACAAGAAAGCCGUGGGGACCCCGGUGACCCCUCCCAGCUCCAGCUUCGCGCCGGGCUUCCUGCGGCGGCACUCGACCAGCAACCUGACGGCGCUGGCCGGCGGCUCCAAGUUCCCCAGCCCUACCGGCUCCAGCUCUUCUUCCACAUCCUCCUCCUCGUCGUCGUCGUCCUCCUCCUCCUCGUUCGGCAAUCUGAAGGAGACGGGCUCCGGCGGAGGCGGCGGCAGCAGCAGCCCCACGGCCCUGCUCAACAAGGAGAACAAGUUCCGGGACCGCUCCUUCAGCGAGAACGGCGAACGCAGCCAGCACCUCAUGCAGCAGCUUCAGCAGCAGCAGCAGGCGGCCGGCAAGGGGAGCGGCUCCGGCGGCGGCGGCGGGGCCCCCAUCAACUCGACGCGCUACAAGACGGAGCUGUGCCGCCCCUUCGAGGAGAGCGGUGCCUGCAAGUACGGCGAGAAGUGCCAGUUCGCUCACGGCUUCCACGAGCUGCGCAGCCUCACCCGCCACCCCAAGUACAAGACCGAGCUCUGCCGCACCUUCCACACCAUCGGCUUCUGCCCCUACGGCCCGCGCUGCCACUUCAUCCACAACGCCGACGAGCGCCGCCCGGCGCCCGGCGGGGGCACGGCCGCCCCCCCGCCCGCCGUCGCGGCCGGGCCGCACCACCACCCGCACCACGCGGCCCCGCACCCCGCCGGCAGCACCGGCGACCUCCGCGCCUUCGCCCCCCGCGAGCACCCGCUGGGCGGCGGCGGCUUCGGGCACCCGCGCGGCGGCGGCGGCGAGCGGCCCAAGCUGCACCACAGCCUGAGCUUCUCCGGCUUCUCCGCCCACCACCACCACCAUCACCCUCCGCACCCCCACGGCACCGCCCCGCCGCCGCCGCCGCCCGGUGGCCGCCUGGACGCCGCCCUGCUGGAGAGCCCCGGCGGUUCGCGCACGCCGCCGCCGCCCGCCUCCGCCUCCUACUGCGAGGAGCUGCUCUCGCCGCCCUGCGCCAACAACGCUUUCGCCUUCUCGGGGCAGGAGCUGGGCAGCCUCAUCGCCCCCCUCGCCCUCCACACCCAGAACUUCGCCGCUGCCGCCGCCGCGGCCGCGGCCGCCGCCGCCUAUUACCGCUGCCAGCAGCAGCCGCCGCCGCCCGGCGGGGCCUGCCCGCCGCCCCCCGCCUCGCCGCCCUUCAGCUUCCAGCCCCUCCGCCGCCUCUCCGAGUCGCCCGUCUUCGACGCGCCGCCCAGCCCGCCAGACUCGCUCUCCGAUCGGGAGAGUUACCUGAGCGGCUCCCUCAGCUCCGGCUCCCUCAGCGGCUCCGAGUCGCCCAGCCUGGACUCGGGCCGCCGCCUGCCCAUCUUCAGCCGCCUCUCCAUCUCCGACGACUGAGGGAGGACGGGGCAGCGGCCGGGGGGGCCCCGCGGCGGCCCUGCAAGUAAGUUACCGAACGAAGAAAGCGAAACCUCUCCUUCCUCUCUAUUUUUGGUUGGUUUUAUUUUAUAUAUCUAUCUAUCUAUACACCGAGAGCUGAACAAAACGAGAAACAAAGCAUUUUGCAAAAGGGCAAAUGACACGAACUGAACAAACCUAUUUUUAUAGAGAGACCUUGGAAGAAGGGGAUUUUUGUUUCGGGGUUUUUUUGUUGUUGUCGUUCUUUGGAGACAAGUUAUGAUACGCACCAGCAGCAGCCAUUCCAUCUGUGUUCGAAAAAAAAUAAAAAAGCAUUAGAAAAGACAGCACCAGAAAGCAACAAACAAUCCGGGGAGCGCCGGUUCGCCAGCCCAGCUCCUCCAAUCCUGCAGACAUACAGAAAAAAAGUUACAAACUAGUUUGUCUUUCAAUCCAGUUCAAUUAAAAACACAGAACAUACUAAACCUAUAAGCUUUUUUUUUUUAGGAAAAAAAAAAAAGAAAAAUCCAACAUCCUGCCAAGAAUAUGCCUUGAUAACAACCUUCUUUUUUAUAUAUAUCUAUAUAUUAUUAUUAUAACAAAUGCUAAAACCUUCAUUCCAAAGUUUAAUAUUGGUUCCAUUGCCACCACUUAGUGGAUGUUUGGCUUUUAGAACAAUUUUUUGUUGUUGCUUUAUUUGGAAGCACUCAACUGAGUUUAGUUUGUAAUUGUUGGAGAAUAACUGCUGAUUUUUUUUAAAAUUUUUUUUAGCUGUUUGAGUUGAUUGCAUGUAUGAGUCACUGCACACAACUCAAUAUGAAACUAUUUAACUUAUUUAUUAUCUUGUGAAAAGUAUACAUUGGUAAUUUGUUCAUACUGUAUUUAUCGGGUAUGAUGAAAAGCAAUAGAUAUAUAUUCUUUUAUUAUGUUAAAUUAUGAUUUUCAUUAUUAAUCGGCAAAAUGUGGAGUGUGUUCUUUUCACAGUAAUAUAUGCCUUUUUGUAACUUUCACUUGGUUAUUUUAUUGUAAAUGAGUAAAAUUCUUAAUUUAAGAGAUGGUAUGUAAUAUUUAUUUCAUUAAUUUCUUUCUUUGUUUACGUAAAUCUGAAAGAUUGCAUGGUUUCUUUACAGAAAUCGGUCUCGAUGCUGUGGAAGUAGUUUGCGGAAUUUCUAUGGGUUUUUUUAGAAUGUAAAUGGUUGUAGCCCGUCCGAGUUGAAAAACGAGAGAAAAAAAAAAAGAAAAAAAAAAAAAGACUGACUUAGCAAUCAGACUUCAAAGUGGCAAAUCUAAUUCAGACUUGUUAAAAAUAACCAAAAAGUAUUUUUGUUGCCUAACUCCACGAAUCACACUGUGAUAUAGUCUCAAAGUAUGUAGCAAUAAUUGGGGGUCCCAGUAUUAUGUCUCACAGUGCCUUCUUGAGGGUCCAUGCUUGCCUUAAAUAUCUCUCAACCAAAUAAGUAUUUUUCCUAAUGCUUGAGAUAAUUUGAAUGUAGGGAUGGGUUUUAAGUACAGCAAAAUUUCGCCACUCUAUUUUAUAAGAACAGAGGCCAUCUUUGGAUCUGAAACUUUCUAUAAUACAGGAACAUAUCUUGUUUAUUGAAUUCCAAAACCUGUAUUUUUUUUUUCCUUAUGUAGAAAGUUGGGAGUUUUCCAAAAGUUUCCUGGACGGUGGAUGAAUGAGCAGUAGCUUAGUUUUGUUUGUACAUAGGUACAGAUUGAGCACUAUGUACUCUUUUGGACUACUUUAACAGAAGUAUGUUUUGAAUGUAACAAAAGGAUAAGUCAACUUGAGUUGUAAUAUAUUUUUCGGGAGUCAGUUCACUACAGAUUAUGUGAGACUGUAAACUUUGUACUGUAAAUGUUUUGUAGUUCUCCCAAUAAAAUUUUUUUGAAAAAAAAAAAAAAACCAAAAACAACAAUCCCAGUAACCCUUCAAAGUGCUGAAGCCCUGGCUGCCCGGCAGGAGUAUUUCUUGCUAAACACCACCACCCCCCAAUCACAGAUAUGUCUAGCUACAGAUUAACCAGUUUGCACUGCCACUCCAGCCCGCUCCUGCAGCUCUUGCUGGUCGGUGGCCAAAGUUAAUAAACGCUUCCAGAAGGUUCGGGAAUGUC